AUGCCUCCGCAACAACGCACAGUUGGCAUCACGACGGCUGACUGGCCGCAGGAAGCCCUCAGCGACCCGGCCUCGGCGGACCAUCGUCGCACACCCAUGAUGGACCAUGGGAUGAACACGGGGGUGCGGGUGACGGACGACGGACGCCUGGAUAUCAAGUUCCGCGGCCGAAAAACCAGCCUCGCACACCUCCUCAAACACCUGGAAAAGGGACACAAACCAACCCCGGAAGACAUACGAAGAGCAUCCGUUCCCCAGCCGUCCAUCGAGAAACACGAGCCCUUCCCGCUCCGCCUCAACAUCGUUAUUCACGUCGUCGGAUCGCGCGGCGACGUACAGCCCUUCGUCGCACUCGGCAUGGCCCUCAAAGAACGGGGCCACCGCGUCCGACUCGCGACGCAUUUAGCUUUUCGAGAGUUCGUACAGGACCACGGCCUCGAAUUUUUCAAUAUUGGCGGCGAUCCCGCUGAACUCAUGGCGUUCAUGGUGAAGAACCCCGGUCUGCUGCCGGGGAUAAAAGCGCUGCGCAGCGGGGCGAUCCGGCGCCGGCGGAGGGAAAUGGCGGCGAUAUUCUCCGGGUGUUGGCGAUCAUGUUUUGAAAUGGGCGAUGGGACGGGACUACAUCAUGUCCCCGAGGAUCCGUGGAGCGAGACGGUGGACUACCAGCAGCAGCCGUUCGUGGCGGACGCGAUCAUCGCCAACCCGCCGAGUUUUGCGCAUAUCAGCUGUGCGGAGAAGUUGGGCGUACCGUUGAUUCUCAUGUUUACGAUGCCCUGGACGCCCACGCAGGCCUUUCCGCAUCCGCUGGCCAAUGUGCGUCCGACGCGUACGAAGCGCUCCGUCGCGAAUUUCGCGUCGUAUGCGAUAGUCGAGAUGAUGCUCUAUGAGGGACUGGGAGAUCUGAUUAAUAAGUUCCGCAAGCGGGAGUUAGGACUUGAUCCGUUGGACGCCAUUCGCGGGCCGGGUAUUGCUCAGAAGCUUCGCAUUCCGUUCACAUAUCUCUGGUCACCGGCUCUGCUUCCCAAACCCGUAGACUGGCUAACCAAUGUCGACAUCUGCGGCUUCAGCAUGCUCCCUGCUCCAAGCAGCUACACGCCGCCCGACGACCUGGUCAAGUUCCUACAAGACGGUCCUCCACCCAUCUAUGUCGGGUUCGGCUCCAUCGUCGUCGAUAAUCCAACCAAACUAACCAAGAUCGUUUUCGAAGCGAUCGUCAAAACCGGCCAGCGCGCGCUCGUCAACAAAGGCUGGGGCAACAUUGGCGCAGGGGAGGCCGAAAUCCCCGAGAAUGUGUUCAUGGUCGGCAGCUGUCCGCACGACUGGCUGUUCAAGCACGUCUCAUGCGUGGUCCAUCACGGCGGAGCAGGAACGACAGCAGCUGGGCUUGCGCUCGGUCGCCCGACUAUCAUCAUCCCCUUCUUCGGCGACCAGCCCUUCUGGGGUUCGAUAGUGUACCGAGCUGGCGCAGGCCCAGCGCCCAUCCCGUAUAAACAGCUGAACGCCGAGAAACUCGCAGACGCGAUCAACAAGGCGCUGGGGCCGGAGAUGCAAGAGAAGGCAGGCGAGAUCGGCGCGAAGAUGCGACAGGAGAAUGGCGUCAAGUGCGCGAUGGCCAGUUUCCAUCGGCACCUGGACCUGGAGACCCUGCGCUGCUCGAUCUGUCCCCACCGUCCGGCGGUCUGGUGGGUGCGCCACUCGCAUAUCAAGCUGAGCUCGUUUGCAGCGGCCGUGCUCGUGGAGGCGGGGUUCCUCAAGCCGCAGAAUAUGGUCCUGUACCGGUCGAAAGAAUACGAUACCAACCGCGACCCCCGCGGUCCCCUUUCUGCGGGGGCGGCGCUGCUCUACAGCAUCACGUCGGAUUUUGUGACGGCGCUCACGACGGCGCCGGUGGACCUUGCCGAGACGAUCUCGCGCCAUCACCAUUACCACAAGAAACAUGGGUGGCGGCAUAGCCACGACGAGGAGGUCACCUGUGACCGUCGGGCAUACAUAGGGAGAACCACGAAGAUAAUGGACGGCAUCCCCCCGGAAGACCGGGUGCGGUCGCAGCUGGGCGCUGUGGCGAGCAUGCGGCGAUCGUCGUCCGAUUCACCGAUAUCGAAUCCGUCUGGUGACGCAGACGAGGAAGAUGAAGAGGAACAGGAAGAGGACGACGAUGAGGACGAGGUAUUUGACGGUGAUAGUACGAGUUUUGUCUCUGCUCCCGAUCGGAUAUCCAGGGAUAGCAGGCCGGAGCCAAGAAGUCGAAUAUCCGACCAGUCCACGGUCCAAUCGGACUCUACAGACACGCAUGUCGACAGCGAUGAGGACGGUGGUGAACUAGAUCUCGAGAGGACGAUCAGCCGACGGGCGUCAAGGGAGGCGCGGGGGGGUAUACAUGUAGUGCUAGCCGAGACUGGUUAUCACGGUAAACGGUGGAGCAAGCGACUAUUGAACUGGGUUAUUGCGAUCCCGACCGAUGUGACCCUGAGCCUGUCCAAGGGCUUCCACAAUGCGCCGAAGCUGUACCACGACAGGACGGUGGCCAAAACCCCGACGGUGAUGGGUGUGCGGGGCGGGCUUCGAGCCGCUGGAAAGGAAUUUACCCAGGAAUUCUACCAAGGCAUCACCGGCCUCGUCACACAGCCCGCAGAAGGUCUGGAGAGAUCCGGCCCAAUUGGUCUUUUGAAAGGCAUCGGCAAAGGUUUCGGGGGAGUCAUCCUCAAGCCCGCAGCAGGAUUCUGGGGCCUAGCUGGGUAUCCCCUCGACGGCCUGCAUAAGAGCUUGCGCAACUCCCUAUCAAGAAGCAAAAUCAAGGAGAUUCUGGCGUCACGAAUACAGCAGGGGAUUGAUGAGAUGUGCGCGACUUCGGCUGAAGAGCGCGCCAUGGUGGUGCGGCGGUGGAAAGAGUUGCAGGAGAUGCAUGGGGUGAGAGUGAAUGGAAGUGAGAAUGUAAAUGGUCAUGCUGGAUGA